GAGUUUAGCAGGUUCUAUCCAUGCACACCGUUUUAGUAACAGUAGACUUACUUACACAGACAACAAUACCAUACACAUUAUAUUAUUAAUAGUAGGCAUAAAAUUCUAAAUGGCUUCUCUUUUCGCCGCUUAUCGACAUCUUGUCAAUGCGAUAUGAAAACAAUUAGUUCAAACUUUAGUAAUUCCCAGCUCAUUAACAAUUUUUUCAACUCAGAUUCGGCACUUUGUACUUGGAACUUGAAAUGAGACGAGGAGUCGAUCGUGGACUGAAUGGAUAAUAAAGCUGCAGUAUUUACCAACAAUUUGGGUGUCUCAUUUCAUUUAAAGUUCAAUUGUCCUGCAUCCAGUAAAUAGUGCAAGAGUGGAGUGAUUGUAGUGCAGUGCAGUGCAUUUCUAUCGCCUCAUUCUUCUUCGAUUUCAUGAAGCCAGGAGAAAAUACGUACUUCUUGGUGAGAGUUGUAAUUAAAACCAGUGAUUGUUGAAUAUUUGGACCGGAUAUAAGUCAUAAAUCGGUAGGAAAAUUUAACUAUUGUGACGAAAACAGUCUUAGAAAUUAGCUGUAUCAUCAUUAUCAUACAUACAAAAGUUUGAACAUCAGUUAGUGAGAUACAUGUAUGUAUGUAUUUAUUAGCAAAGUGACUCAUGCCUCGUGUGUGUGUAUACGGAUAUACAUAGAUAACAACACCCAGACUGUUAAACUGUACAUCUAAAUACUUAAUCACCGGGACUCCCAACGCCUCAAUCUCAACCAUUUUUCUUAAUUAGUCAUGAAACGAUAUUCAUGAAAUGGUUUGAUGCCGAACAGUAUAUUUUCCAUUGGUUAAAGUCGGUUUAACUUUGUGAGAAGAUAACGGAAGAGGCACGCAAAGCAGAAGGCGAAUAUUAUGUAAACGUAAAAAUUGUUAACUCUGGUGCUCAUUGAAUCUCAAUACGUGAUUAAUCGAACUUUGUAUGUAUGCCGGUAAUGAAUGAGGUUUAACUCCUUACAUUCGUCUGGAUUAAGUGCUGCUGCUGCUGCAUAUCCUUUGCAUUCUGAUGACAUCGAUCUCGUAUUUUGUGAUUUGGAGUAAAAUCUGAAAUGGAAAUGAGCUAACAACCAAAUCAAAUCAGAUUCCCUAACGCAAGAUUUAUUGAUCAACGGAUUAUCGGAAAUUCAGCAUCUCAUCCUCAAAUGGCUCCCCUGAGCUCAAAUAGUGCCGGAUAUGACGAAGUAUUAGAAAUUCAGCAUCAUUUAGUCCACCUAAAUUCGGACCACCAUCAUAAAACGCUUGUCGAAAGUAUCAAUUCUUUACUCCAUGUUGGUGCUAGUGCAAACGGAUCCCAUCAUCCAGGAAGCGGUGCAGGUUAUUCAAAUUCCGACGACGAAGUUUCAGAAGACCUUCUUAUCGUCCUCUUUACCUGUAUUCCCCUAAUUGCUGCAAUUGUUGUGAUAUUUUUUAUUGCGGCUGCAAUAAGAAAAAUGAGACGUUCCGAAAGUUUGCAAGAAGUGCAGAGAAGAAACGAGUUUAAAAUGUCCAGCAAGGCGAACAAGGGGCUACACACAUCCUUCUCAAAUCCUCUCCAGUCUUUUUCACUCUCAAAAAAGACCAAGUCCAAGAAAAAUGCGGAUCCUCCUUCGCCCAUGUCUCUCCAUGAAAUUCGCGUAGUCCAAGUGCCCAGCAGAGGUCAGAACCGCGCCAGCCUAGGGACACAGUUAUCACUGGAAAGCACAUCGUCAACAAGCAGUUCGAAUACUCCCAAAUCUCUGAACAGCCCGAAUUCCCUAUAUUUUUCGCAAGUUCCUCCCUGGUACUUGUACUCCACGCCGUACUACAGGUCACAAUACCACUUGAAUAAGCUACACAGACAGUUAUCCAAUCACGAGGUGGGUGGAUCUCUUCAGUCCUUGGGAGGAUCGAUGCAAUCACUAAAUCAAUACAAUAAUUAUGUAAACCAAUCCUUGACCGGAGCAGCAGUUUCAUGUGCUCAGCAAGCCAACAGUACAACAACCAUGGGGACGAUGGCGUCGUCCGAGUCCGAACCAGAUAUGGAUUCUUUCGACAAGAAGAAAAAAUCGAGUAAAAAACUCAAGAAAGUUUUCCAAAUGAUGAACAUUCCUAAAAGAAUACGGCAGCAUCAAGCCGAAAAGAAUAGAUUUAACAUUUACACGAUACCAAAUGAAACGAGAGAACAGUUAAAACAGAUUUAUGUGUACUAAUUUUCAACCAUACGGCUUUUAAUUCUCUUUGCAGAUUAGAUUUUAGUCGUCAUCUCGUAGCAGGUUAAUACUUGAUGCAUAUAACAAGUGCCAAUUAAUGAAUAGGCUGCGAAAUGAAUGUAUUGCAAAUAUAAUAUAAUAUAACAAGAAAGUAUAGAUUACUUUUUAAUAAUUACGGAACCAAACCCUGUGUCAAUUGUCAUUGCAGGAAUAUUUUAAUUAAGUACUUGUGACAAUUAUCGUCACAUUAAAAAUGUUACGACUGUUAUCUUAAGAUGAUAAUAUGUAAUGGGGUGCAUUCUUAUAUAUUCUUACAUAUAUGCUAAAAAUGUGUAUCGUACAACAAUACAGUUACCAAACCAAUACCUUCAAAAUAUAUAUGUACGUACGUAUUAUAUUGUAUAGCUGUGAAAUAAAACCAUCCCCGCACAAACUACA